CUCGAGCCAUUAUGUUGAGAACUUUGCGUAAGCUCCUAUCUGUUUCUUCCUGUUCGCUAAAGGAAAUUCAGAGAAACUCACCGCUUUUGGAAACUGAGGUCGUGGUCAGAAAUUCGCCGGAGAUUCCACAGGAUGUAUUGCUGGAUAUCUUUGCCCUCCUGGAGAUCCCUGACCUCAUCCGUGCCGGAUCUGUCUGCUCGUCGUGGCGCUCUGCGUGUACCACCAUAUGCAGCCAGCCUAAACUGUACAAAAGGCUUCAGACCCCUUGCCUCCUCUACACGUCCGAGUCUGCUGGUGAGAACGUAGCUUGUCUCUACAGCCUCGCAGAAAAGCGAGUCUACAAUUUUACUCUUCCAGAUCCGCCUAUCCGCAGUAGGUAUCUGGUUGGGUCCUCACAUGGCUGGCUUGUUACUGCUGAUGAGAAGUCCGAGCUACACCUUGUCAACGUGGCCACUGGUCAACAGAUUGCUCUCCCGUCAGUAAUCACCAAUGAGAGUGUGAAGCCGAUCUUUGACGACGCAGGCACAAUUGACAAGUAUGAGUUGUGGGAGCCAAUGCACGAUAUUGACUUAGACUUUCAAUAUACUGGUCACUAUAUGACAAUCCAUGCUCUCGAUGAGCUUCGUGACUUCUUCUACUACCAAUCUUUCAUAUUUCCUGAUCCUUCCACAGGAAGCUACAUUGUAGUUCUCAUCCACGGUCAAUCACUUCAGCUUUCGUUUGCAAGGGUAGGAGAUUGCAAGUGGACCUUGCUGCCGCCAGGUUGGGACUACCAACAAUGCAUGUACACGGAUGGUCUGCUGUAUGCAUUCACGAGAUUCGGAAGAAUCGACACUUUUGAUCUUACCAGUCCCACCUUCACAAUGAAUACAAUUACAGAUUGCAUGAAGAAUUAUAUCCGUGGGUGCAUGUACGUUGUUCAGACUCCGUGCGGCGAUCUGCUGCAAGUUCGCAGGAAUUAUGAACUCAUAGACACAGAUGACAAUGAGAUCAUACGUGAGACUCAGGAAAUAUUGCUAUAUAAAGUUGACAUGGCAGCAAAAGAGCUUGUGAAAAUGAAGGACUUGCAUGAUCAGGUGCUAUUUCUUGGGUAUAACCAGGCACAGUGUUUUAGUGCUAAAGAACUUCCCCAGCUGAAGCCAAAUUGUGUCUAUUUCACAGAUGAUGAGUCGUGUGUUUCAGACUAUAAGAAUAAUAGCCGGGAUAUAGGUGUUCUCAACUUGGAAAAUGACUCCAGGGAAGAAAUUUUACCUCAACUUUGGUCCAGCUGGCCAAGCCCCAUAUGGAUAACACCCAGUCUCGCAAGCAUGAACUGGAGUUGUACAACUAAUUAGAUAAGUAACUUAUUGUAAUUAUAUAGCCCGUUGGGAUGAAAUUAGAAAUGGUCCAAUAGGGUCGUGUUGACUCAAGUUUGCCAAAUUUGCGGGCACAAGCUAUGACUACGAAUGCAUGUUCCGUUUA